CCAAUUGCUCGCCAAAAUAUACAAAAAUUAUCCCCGCACCAGUUCGCUUGUUUUGUGCGCCGGAGCAAAGCUGCCGCAGCCGUCGAAUCCGAAUCGAGAGCAUUACGGAUGCGAUUUCGAAUCCGAAUCCGUGUGGCGACAGGACGAAAGUGCGGCCCCAUCGCCGUCAAAUUACGCUAGUGAAAAAAUCGUGCUGCGCCGCUGAAUUUCUGUGCAAUUAACGUGAGCGAUUGAAAGGAUCUGCCUGCUGCCAAAAAACGCGACCGAUGAAAAUUGCGAGCCGUUCGCGUUCGUCCUGUGCGGCGGAAAGGAUGUGAAGGACACGGCGGCAGGAACUACAAGUGCAGCGCGAUGGCGCCCGCCACCAGCAGGAGCACCACCAGCAGCACCACCACCACCACCAGUGGCAGUGGCACCAUAAUCCUUGAGAGCAGGAGCAGCGCCGCCGAUGCCGCCGCCCGAUGAAGGAUUGCAGCAUGGCCCGCACCUGCACAUGCACUGGCAGCAGCUCUAGCACACACACACCCACGUCUACGCUCACUGGCAGCAUAAAUAACGCAAGGACAUGGACGGCGCAACGAACGCGACGAGGACAAAGGCCCACGGCCUGUGACAGAAAUAAACGCCACCAUCGCCUCCUCGCCAGGAGCUAACCGACUAAAAAAAAAACGUGAACCCAGCACCAGCACCAGCACUUGCUCCACUCCCGUUGGCCCCCAGUGAUAUUAUUUUUAAUGCAAUCAAAGUGCUAAGUGAGUUUGCCAAAAAGAAAAUAAAAAGAAGGCAGCAGAGACUACGAAACUAGAGUGCAGCCGUCGGGUCGGCUUGGGUCGUAACCCAAUUUGGGUAGUUUGUCCUUUGACAGCGUGAGUCGCGGCAGCCGGAAAGGACGAGCAGGAUUCAUAUGGACGACGGCAGGUGCAGCACGCUUAGCCAGGUGAGCAGCAGCAGCAGCAGCAGCCAGGAAAAGCCCUGCAAACUGUACCGCAAGCGGAGGCGACGCCACUGAACAAAGGAUCAACUCACCCAAUACUCGCCUAAAUGAAGAAUGAAGAAACAAAAUGUGCGCACGAUAUCCUUGAUCGUGUGUACAUUUACCUAUCUGCUUGUCGGCGCCGCCGUCUUUGACGCCCUCGAAUCGGAAACGGAAAAGCGUCGUUGGGAGGCGCUGCAAGAUGCCGAGGAUAUGAUAAUACGCAAAUACAAUAUCUCACAGGAGGACUUCAAAGUCAUGGAGACUGUGGUGCUCAAAUCGGAAUCGCACAAGGCCGGCCAGCAAUGGAAAUUCACCGGUGCAUUCUAUUAUGCAACCACGGUGCUAACCACCAUAGGCUACGGACACUCGACGCCCAGCACGGUGGGCGGGAAGCUCUUCACCAUGUGCUAUGCCAUCGUGGGAAUUCCCCUGGGUCUCGUUAUGUUCCAGAGCAUCGGAGAAAGAGUGAAUAGACUGAGCAGCUAUGUUAUCAAGGCGGUCCGCUCCUCGCUGCGUUGCAAGAGGACCGUCGCCUCGGAGGUGGACCUCAUCUGUGUUGUGACCACACUCAGUUCGCUGACGAUAGCUGGCGGUGCUGCGGCCUUUUCCAAGUUUGAGGGCUGGAGCUACUUCGAUUCAGUAUAUUACUGUUUUAUUACUUUAACCACUAUAGGCUUUGGCGACAUGGUAGCCCUGCAGCGGGACAAUGCACUGAACCGGAAGCCCGAGUACGUGAUGUUCGCACUGAUAUUUAUACUAUUUGGCUUGGCCAUCGUGGCCGCCUCGCUGAACUUGUUAGUACUUAGGUUUGUUACGAUGAAUACCGAGGAUGAGCGACGCGACGAGGCCCAGGCCAUGCAGGCGCUGCAAGUGGCUGUGAAGCUGGAGGGCGAUGUGAUAACAUCCAACGGAUCCAUUCUGAGCGGCUACGAGGGACACGAUGGCCAAUCUCUGAACGGAAGCAACACCUCGUCCAUGUGCUCGUGCCACUGCAUCUGCCUCAAUGGCAACCGGCACAAAAAAAGUAGCAACUUGGGAAAGAACAACGAUGCAGAAAAUCAAUACAAGCUGAGGCGAUCGCCGACGCACAUACGACACCUUUUGCCGGAGGUGGUGCCCAUGCAGGAUUUGAACUACGACUACGACACGCAGAGCCUGCACACACUGGCCGAUCGUGGGACCAUGGACAGCAGCUACAUGGGCGUGGACAUGGCGGACAUGGGGGACACGGCCAGCAUGGAGCUGCGGCCACACACGUUGCUCAAGCGCAAUGUCUCACUGCUGUCCAUACGCAUCUAGGCGGCGAUGUCGUCAUCUGCGGACGACGGCGGUGGAGGAUUGGCGGGUACCGGGAACAACGAAGUGGCCCACAACCUUGCCAAAAACGACUUACAAAUCGAAAGUGAUAACAAGGCUCUAAUAGUACUUAAAUACUUAUGGUAGAUUCGCAGCUGACGAUUGAUUGAUUGUUGGAUUGAUUGUGUAGUCUCCUCCCGCGACUUGGACACGCCACGUGUGUGCAUUUACAAUGUGAACUAGUGCAUAAAUCUAUACAA